AUGUGCCUCAUCCAAGUUUUCCACUGCCUGAAGCACAAGGGCACGGGUGGGCGGACGCUGCUGGUGGAUGGUUUCUAUGCAGCAGAGCAAGUUCUCCAGUGCGCCCCAGACCAAUUUGAGCUGCUCACCAAGGUCCCAGUGAAGCACGAGUAUGUUGAGAAUGUGGGAGACUGCCACAACCACAUGAUUGGAAUUGGGCCAGUUCUCAAUGUCUACCCCUGGAACAAUGAGCUUUAUCUCAUUAGAUACAACAACUAUGAUCGUGCUGUCAUCAACAUGGUGCCGUACGACGCUGUGCAUCGCUGGUACGCUGCUCACUGCACCCUCACCACUGAGCUCCGGAGACCAGAGAAUGAGCUCUGGGUCAAACUGAAGCCAGGCAAGGUAGGGCUUGGAGCUGGGAGAGCCGCCUGGGUUUUGUGCAGGGAGGGAAGCAUGGUCCUUUGGAUGUGCUUGCUGCCACUAAGGUGACUGCUUCAGGCAAGCUCCACAUACUGCAGCUUUCUACGCAGCUCUUGUAAGGUGGCCUGUAUUACA